AUGCUGAAGAUCACGUUGUUGCUGGCGCUCGGCGCCGUUUGCGCCGUGCACGGCGCGAGGUUCGAGGAGAACCGCACCGCCAACAUGGAAUUCCUGCACAAGCAGAAGAAGAUCUACGAUCUUCUUCUCUACGUCAAUCAGGGGGACCUGAUCGACGCUGAAUUCUACGAGACUGGCAGAAACUACAACCUGGAGAGCAACAUCGACAUGUACAAAGACAAGUAUGCCGCGCAAAAGUUCAUCUGGUGGUACAAGCAGGGAUCGUUGCUCAGCCGCGACGCCAUCUUCUCGAUGUACAACCAGGAACAACUGUACGAGAUGCAACAGCUGUUCGAGCUGCUGUACUCGGCGAAGGACUUCCAGACCUUCUACAAGACAGCUUGCUGGGCCAGGCUUAACUUGAACAACGGCGUCUUCGUCUCUGCCUUCACUGUCGCUGUGAUGUACAGGGAAGACUGCAAGUACAUGAUACUGCCAGCGAUCUACGAGAUCUACCCCAAUCUCUUCUACAGCUCCAACGUGAUCCAAGAUGCACAGAACAUCAAAAUGUCGAAAGCUUUCAGCGGAGCCCCAGCGAUCGGAAACGUAGAAUCGUACACGAUCUACGCGAACUACUCCAGAGCUUACAUGCCCUACAUCGACUCCGAGUACAAAAUGGACUACUUCAUGGAGGACCCAAGCUUGAACGCCUACUACUACUACAUCCGACAGAUGAACCCGUUCUGGAUGUCCAGCAAAUACGGAAGCAUCUCGCAGGAAGUUCGUGGAAGGAUUUACUACUACGUUCACCAGCAACUGAUGGCUAGAUACUACUUGGAACGCAUGUCGAACGAUCUUGGUAAGAUCGAGGACUUCGACUGGUACAAGCCCAUCUACCCUGGAUUCUUCUCCACUCUGACGUACGCGAACGGUGUCCCCGUCCCACAGAGGAACAAGUACUCGUCCAUCCCCUUCUACAAGUACAAGUAUCUUAAGGACGUCAUGGCCCUGGAAAUGCGCAUAAUGGACGCCGUCGACUCCGGCUACCUCUUAGACGAGGAAGGAAAGAGAAUAAACAUCUACACACCGGAAGGUUUGUACUUACUCGCGAACGUGAUCGAAGGAAACAUGGACUCCUGCAACAGGAGAUUCUACGGCAUGUACGACGCCCUCGCUCGCGACAUCCUUGGCUUCAGCUUCAACCAGCAGAACAAGAACAAGCAGAUCCCCAGCGCACUGCAAUGCAAUGCCAUGAACAUGAGAGACCCCUCGUUCUACAUGCUCUACAAGAGAAUCAUGAGCUACUUCCUCAGAUACAAGAGAAACCAACGCAUGUACUCCCAGUCUGAGCUGGUGCUGCCUGGAGUGAAGUUCGAUUCCGUGAACGUCGACAAGCUGACCACCUACUUCGACUACUGCGAGACCCUUAUCAACAACGCUAUCGCCGUUGAGAACUUCAACCGUGGAAAAUCCCUGCGCCUCAAAGCCCGCCGCCUUUGUUUGAACUACAAGCCGUUCUCUUACAAGUUCAACAUCAACUCUGACAAAGAGAUGAAGGCUAUGCUGAAGAUCUUCCUUGGACCAGACUACAGAGACGUGGAACAGGACUAUGUCUACCUGAAGAAGUACUACUACCAGUUCGUCGAAAUGGACAGAUUCAUUGUGAACCUCCGCCCCGGAGCGAACAACAUCGAGCGCCAGAGCUCGGAGUCAAUGUUAACGAUGCCGGACAUGAUGCCGAUGAACAUGUUCUUGGAGAAGCUGAACAAGGCGAUCAGCGGCAGCGCGCCGUUCAUGUACUCCAACAGACAGUUCGGUUUCAGCGAACGCCUGACCCUGCCCAAAGGUAAACCAGAGGGCAUGAAGUACAAGAUGUUCUUCUUCCUGAGCCCGGUCGACGAGGGCAGCAUGCGCGAAAACGAGUACCCGAUGUUCGGCAAGAUCCUGACCGACGGCAGAGCACCUGGAUUCCCAUUGGACAGACCAAUGUACGCCUGGAACUACACCAUUCCCAACAUGGCGUUCAAGGACGUGAUGAUCUACAACUUGGUCGAAUAG